AUAACAACAAAAAUAAUUGUAUUUUGUAUUUAUAUUUUUUUUCCCUCUCAAAACAAUAACAAACUCUUGUCAAGAAGAAAAAAAAUUUUAAAAAUAAUAAAAAAAUAAUGUCAAUAUCAUGGAUUUGUUUAUUAAAACUUGUUCAUUUAUUAUAUUUUCAAUAAUUAUAUUGUUAUUAACAAAAUUCAUUGAAUUAUCAAAUUUAAUUAACGGAUUUAUUGAUUGGAGUUUAAAUGACAUAAAUGAAUUAAAAAUUUAUGACUACAUAAUUGUUGGUGCUGGUAGUGCUGGAUCAAUUCUAUCAUCAAAGCUAUCAAAUGGUGGUUUUAAAGUGUUGCUUAUUGAAGCUGGUGGACCACCACCAGCAUUUGCUGAUAUUCCAGCAUUAUUACCAAUAUUUCAAAAAUCAUCAUACGACUGGAAAUACAAAACAGUAUCACAAAAUCAUUCAUGUAAAGCUCUUAUCAAUAAUCAAAGUUCCUGGCCAAGAGGUAAAAUAUUAGGUGGUUCUAGUAGAUUAAAUAACAUGGUAUACAUGGAAGGACAUCCUCAGGAUUAUCAUGGCUGGUUUCCUGAUUAUAAAAAUCAUCUUAUUGAUGAUAAAUAUAUUGAAAAAAAUUUAAUUCAUUGUACUGAACUAUGUCAUGCUGUUUACAAUGCUCUAUCAGACAUGAAAAUCAACGAAAUUAACAAUACAAAUUUAGAUUAUUUCGAAAAAGUAAAAUUUACAAUGAUCAAUGGAAGUCGUUGGAGUACAGAUAAACUUUUAAAUGAUAAAUAUAAUAUGAAGCUUGAUAUAAUGAUGCAUUCACAUGUUGAAAAAAUUAUAUUUAAUUUAAAAACGAAUAAACCCAAAGCUGAUGGUGUAUUAGUAAUGAAAUGGGGUAAAAAACUUAAAAUUAUGUCAAAAUAUGGUGUUAUAUUAUCUGCUGGUACAAUUGGUACACCAAAAUUACUUAUGUUAUCUGGUAUUGGUCCAGCAGAUGAUCUUGAAAAGCUUAAUAUUAAUGUUAUUAAAAAUUUACCAGUUGGUAAAAAUUUAAUUGAUCAUAUAUUAACUGGACUUGAUUUAAUAACAAUAACAUCAAAUUUAUCAUUUGGUAUUACUGAAUUAUUAAAACCAUUAUCAGCAAUUAAAUAUUUUAUAUUUGGCAAAGGUCCUUGGACCUCAUCUGGUAUGGAAAUUUCUGCAAUGUUAAAAAUUAAUUCAAGUGCUAGUUUUGAUCAACGACCAGAUAUUCAAUUGAUGGUUUUACCAUCAGGUAUAUCUCAAGAUAAUGGAAUAUAUUUUAAAAAAAUCAUAGGACUUUCUGAUAAGGUUUUUGAUAAAUAUUAUUCUGAAUUAACACAUAAAACAGCUGUUACAAUUGCUCCUGUUUUAUUACAUCCAAAAAGUAGUGGUUUUGUUAAAUUAAAAUCAUCAAAUCCACUUGAUGAUCCUAUAAUUGAUCCAAAUUAUUUAUCACAUAAAGACGAUGUUACAACAUUGAUAUCAGGAAUUAAAUUUAUUGAAAAGCUGGUUGAGACAAAAUCAAUGAAAUUAAUUGGUGCGAAAAUGAAUAAAAAAAAAUUUCCUGGAUGUGAAAGAUUUAUAUAUGGUGAUGAUAAUUAUUGGGAAUGUUAUAUACGACAUAUGACAUUGACUUCUUAUCAUCCAGUUGGAACUUGUGGUAUUGGAUCUGUUGUUGAUGAUAAUUUCAGAGUUUAUGGUACAGAUAAUUUGUACGUCAUUGAUGCAUCUGUAUUACCAAUUUUACCAAGUGGAAAUAUUAAUGCAGCUGUUAUGAUGCUUGCCAACAAAGCAUCAUCAAUUUUACUCGGUUAUACUAAAUCAAAAUGUCAUAUAAAUGAUUUUAUAAAUUAUAUUUUUUUCAUUUAAAUAAAAAAGAAAAA